AUGAGGACACAUGAGCGUGCUGCUAACUUGGCCCUUGCUGGUUUGAGCUUGGCGCCGCUGGUGAUCAACGUGAACCCGAACCUGAAUGUGAUACUCACAGCGUGUCUUACCGUCUAUGUGGGCUGUUACCGUUCUGUCAAGGCGACUCCACCCUCUGAGACCAUGUCCAAGGAGCACGCGAUGCGGUACCCUUUGGUGGGGAGUGCCAUGCUUCUGUCUCUGUUCCUGCUGUUCAAGUUCCUCUCCAAGGACCUGGUCAAUGCUGUUCUCACCGCCUACUUUUUCGUUCUUGGCAUCGCCGCUCUCUGCGCAACGUUGCUUCCUUCCAUAAAGCGUUUUCUUCCAGAAGGGUGGAAUGAUAAUGCCAUCAUCUGGCGUGCUCCGUAUUUCCACUCACUCUCAGUGGAGUUUACCAAGUCUCAAGUUGUUGCUUCAAUCCCAGGAUUUUUCUUUUGCGCAUGGUAUGCCAUGAAGAAGCAUUGGCUGGCCAACAAUGUUCUGGGAGUUGCAUUCUGUAUUCAGGGAAUUGAGAUGCUAUCACUAGGAUCGUUCAAAACUGGCGGUAUUCUCUUGGCUGGACUUUUUUUCUAUGACAUCUUCUGGGUUUUCUUCACUCCAGUUAUGGUCAGUGUUGCUAAAUCAUUUGAUGCCCCAAUAAAGCUUCUAUUUCCCACCGCAGAUGCUGCACGCCCGUUCUCUAUGCUUGGCCUUGGUGAUAUCGUAAUACCAGGCAUCUUCGUCGCGCUCGCCCUGCGUUUCGACGUCUCGCGAGGGAUCAAGAGCCGCGGUUACUUCAACAGCGCGUUUCUGGGAUACACAGCAGGUUUGACAGUAACAAUAGCUGUGAUGAACUGGUUCCGAGCCGCGCAGCCUGCUCUGUUAUACAUCGUUCCUGGCGUGACUGGUUUCGUCGCUGUGCACUGUCUAUGGAACGGAGAAGUAAAGCCGCUGCUGGAGUUCACUGAGGCGGAGGCCGAAGAGGAGGGUGGAGAUCCCGAUCAUGAGAGCAAAAAGGCGGACUAG